GGAACGGUGGGUGCUGAGAAGAGCGAGGCUGGGGAGGGAUACUUCAGAUUCCUACAGUAGAGGAGGACUUGAGUCUGCUCUUGAAGGAUGGGAUUGAAAAUUGGCAGUUCUGAGGCUUUCAGACCAAAGAAGACUUUCCUCUCUCACUGACAAUCGCCACCAUGAUUCAUAGCCUCUUCUUGAUCAACUCCUCAGGAGAUAUUUUCCUGGAAAAACAUUGGAAAAGUGUGGUCAGCCGUUCUGUUUGUGAUUACUUUUUUGAGGCGCAAGAGAGAGCGACUGAGGCAGAAAACGUACCUCCAGUUAUCCCUACCCCUCACCACUAUCUCUUAAGUGUUUACCGUCACAAGAUCUUUUUUGUGGCUGUGAUCCAGACAGAGGUCCCACCUCUGUUUGUUAUUGAGUUCCUUCACCGAGUAGUGGACACAUUUCAGGAUUAUUUUGGAGUCUGUUCAGAGCCAGUGAUCAAAGACAAUGUGGUUGUGGUUUAUGAGGUACUAGAAGAGAUGCUUGACAAUGGGUUUCCAUUGGCUACUGAGUCAAACAUCCUCAAAGAACUGAUAAAGCCUCCCACUAUCCUUCGAACGGUCGUCAACACCAUAACAGGAAGCACCAAUGUGGGUGACCAGCUUCCUACUGGACAGCUGUCAGUGGUGCCCUGGCGAAGAACUGGGGUGAAGUACACCAACAAUGAGGCCUAUUUUGAUGUGAUUGAAGAGAUUGAUGCUAUCAUUGAUAAAUCAGGUUCCACAAUUACUGCUGAGAUCCAGGGGGUCAUUGAUGCCUGCGUCAAGCUGACUGGAAUGCCAGACCUUACGCUAUCCUUCAUGAAUCCUAGGUUGUUGGAUGAUGUCAGUUUCCAUCCUUGUGUUCGUUUCAAGCGCUGGGAAUCUGAGCGUAUUCUCUCCUUCAUCCCUCCUGAUGGAAACUUUCGCCUGCUCUCUUACCAUGUCAGUGCACAGAAUCUGGUGGCAAUUCCAGUGUAUGUUAAACAUAGCAUCAGUUUCCGGGACAGUAGUUCACUUGGACGCUUUGAAAUAACAGUGGGACCGAAGCAGACUAUGGGGAAGACCAUAGAGGGAGUGAUUGUCACCAGCCAGAUGCCCAAAGGGGUCCUGAAUAUGAGCCUCACUCCAUCUCAGGGGACACAUACAUUUGACCCAGUUACCAAGAUGCUGUCGUGGGAUGUAGGAAAAAUAAAUCCCCAAAAGCUACCAAGUUUGAAGGGGACCAUGAGUCUUCAGGCUGGAGCUUCCAAGCCAGAUGAGAACCCCACAAUUAAUCUGCAGUUUAAGAUCCAGCAGCUGGCCAUUUCUGGACUCAAGGUGAAUCGUCUGGAUAUGUAUGGAGAAAAGUACAAACCCUUUAAGGGCAUAAAAUACAUGACCAAAGCUGGAAAGUUCCAAGUUCGAACCUGAAGGGAGAGUUUUGCAAAAAGAACAGUCAUGAACGCUUUUUCAUUUCUUACUUGUCUAAAAGUAAAAAAUAUCAGCCUGUCUCCUAGGUCAGUAUCCCCUUCUGGACCCACCCGCUCCCUUUUUUCCUUAGCCUUCAGUGCCAUGGAGCUAAUCAAGGGAGAGAAGGGUCGCCAGGGAGAACUGGACAGAACUGAAACACAAUCAGCACCAACUCAGUUCUGCAAGAAGAGAUGUGUGACGGAGGGUGGAGACACUUGAUGCCAUAUUUGACUAUUCUUAACGUGGCUACCAUAGAAAAAGACUAGCAUUUGUUACUUGCUUGGCUUUAAUGCUCUAAAGCCAACGAACGACUUCUUUUUGUUUUUUAAGGUAGAAAGAUUAGAAAGAAGGAAAGAAAGCUUGGAAGAGUAUGAAUGUUAGUCACAGAAAGGCCAGUUAAGGAUCUGAUCUAUGAGGGAAAAGAAAGGAAACAGUAUUGAAGAGGUAUGAGGACACAGGCUCAAGUGAAAGGGGCAGGAGAAGUAGUCAAGCCCCACAUGAAGGAGGGUUGGAAGGAAAAGAGUGGAGUUGGUUUCUUUCUGAUCCCUCUACUUUGAUAUAUAUAUAUAUAAAAUCAUCAGUACUUCUAGAAGGGAACUGGAAACUUCUUAAAUUUGAGUCCACUGAUGACAUGGAAAACCCCAGUAGAAUCAGAUUUUCCCUUGAAGACUAUGACGAUAUCCGACCAGUUUUCAGAUACUAACUACUGUUUGCCUUUAGCACUUGGUCUGUCAUCUUCUGUGAGAAGGUGACCUGCCCUCUUCCUGGCAGAGGCCGCCUGAAAUGCCCCUUUUCCACCCCAAAACAGUUUAUUCACUUUACAUUGCAGAAUUCACCAUUUUUCCUGUUACCCAAGGACAGUUUCAGAAAAGCCAAUCCCAUAAUCCCAGGGCAGCCAGAUUUUGUGUGUCACCGUGUUGGAGUGUAGAUGACCAACUGCUUCCUCAUGAAGUGCAUCGUGGCUGUAACCCAGUGACUCCUUAUUUACACUUGUCAGUGCUGGACUAGU